UUGCUCUGAAUGUACGUGUGGUAGGUCAUUGUGAGAGGUCCAAGAAACCGGUACUGUGGAAAACCCUCUUUGGGAUGAUCAGUCUUCUCAGACGGCGUGUGUCAGUGGUCCUGCUGUGGAUAUGCAGGUGGUUGCAGUAUGCUUUAGGGAGGGUGUGGGGAACAUCCUUCUCAGUUCCACACAGCUUAGUGACCUCACCAUGUAACUCAGGGUAUGGACUGUAUGAAAGGCUGCCUGAGGAGUGGAAGACCAAAGAGGUGAACCGUAUCUAUCACUCUGGAGAUGGAAGCGGAACCAUGAUUACAGUCCAGACCAGCACACAUACCUUCUAUGUGGACCUGGGUCGCCUGUCUGAGUGUAGUGAGUACUUCAGGGCCCUGUCCCAGUCCAGUAUGAGAGAGACUACAGAGAGACGGAUUCUCCUGGACCAUAUUCCCUCAUCAGUCUUCCACGCUCUCUUAGAAUUCUGCUUCCGGAAUGACUUCGCAGUUACCCAGGAGGAGUUGGGCGAACAUAUCCAAGUGGGCACCUACCUGCUAGCUGAAACCUUUGUUUCACGUUGCCUGUUGGCCCUGUCAAGUGUUUUAACCCCAGACACCUGCCUGUCCUACCUGGAUCUGGCCCGGAACAUCUGCUCUACUGAGAUGGAGACAACUGUAUUUUCCUACCUCAGCAGAAACCUACUGGAGCUGCCUCACGUCAACAGGCGUCUGCCGUCUGAGGACAAGACCCUACUGAUCCGUCUGAGGGGCCAGGGUGACCUCCGGCUCUGCAGUGUGAGGAAAGAGAACCUGACCUCCUGGAAAGACUUGGAAACAGAAGCCGCCCGCCACCUCUUCGCCCAGGACGGGUCAGAGACGACCAGUGACUGGCGUCCCAUCACAGAGCUCCCCUUCAUAGCUGAUAAGUGGUGUUUCACCACGGUGGUGCUACUGAACUACCUCUACCUCAUAGGAGGAUAUAGGCAGCAGGCUAGGAGGGGAUGGGAGUUCAAAAUGGCCUCCUUUCGGUACAACCCGUUCACCAACACCUGGGUGUCUAUUGCGCCUCUCAUUAAGCACAGGAGGCAUUUCAGUGCGGUGCCGUGUAAUGGCUCUAUCUACGCUGUGGGAGGCUGGUACCUGGGCUCUCUGGUGACUCCUGACUCCAGCACAGCCCUCUACACCGCUGUGGAGAGAUAUGACCCCUGGGAUGACCGAUGGACCUUUGUCUCGUCUCUGCCGAUGACAGACUUUCAGUUCACCAUGUCCCUGUCCCAUGACCUCCCUCUGGCCACCAGCAUGGGCCCCUGUCUCUAUGUCCUGGGGAACAUCCAGAGGACAGGAGAAAAGCUGCUAUUACAGUAUGACACCAGGCAAGACUUAUGGUCUGAGCUGCUUCCUACCCUAACCAGAGCCGAUGCUGAUCUCCCAAGCCUCUACUUCCUGGGUGCCACCGACCAACUGUUUGUGAUUGGAGGAAACAACUCAGAGAACGUGAUCACAUCAUUCUGUGUGGAGUCUGGGCAAUGGGGGCAGGUGAAAGGGGCUGAGAAGGUGGCAUUAGCUGGACAAGGGACAGUUCUGGGUGACCAGGUGUACAUGCCAAGUAUAGAACAUAACGCUCCUGGUUGUCUUGACGUGAUCGCGAUGGCGGAGGCUCAUCAGGCGGUUGGCUUCCAGUUCACUGUUACCCCUGAUGGCAUUGACCUCCACCUGAGUCGCGAGGUGCUCAAACACAUCUACCAUGCAGGAGUGACAUCAUGGAGAAAACGCGCCAUUAGAUUUAAGAAUGGGAUUUUGACAGGGGUCUACCCUGCUAGUCCAUCCAGUUGGCUGUUUGUAGUGAUAGCCAUCAUGAGCACCAUGUAUGCCCGGAUAGACCCAUCAAUGGGAAUGAUAGACACCAUCAAGAGGACCCUGCCUGUCAGUGAUUACAUGACUAUGCAGAGCCACACAGUACUGAGUGCCGUACUGUUUGCCACUGGACUGUGGUUCUCUCUCAUCCUCAUGCUGAGGUACAUUCUCAAGGCCCUGCUUUCCUACCACGCCUGGAUCUUUGAAUCCCAUGGCAAGAUGAGCUUCUCCACCAAACUCUGGCUGAAUCUGUUAAAGAUGUUCUCUGGCCGCAGACCUCUCCUCUACAGCUUCCAGGCCUCCCUACCCAGACUACCCGUGCCAAGCGUGGAUGACACCAUCCGCAGGUACCUGGAAUCAGUGCACCCCCUACUGGAUGACAAGCAGUACAACCAGAUGGAGGUGCUGGCCAAUGAAUUCAAGACGGACCAGUCCCCCAGACUCCAGAAGUACCUCAUCCUCAAAUCCUGGUGGGCUACAAACUAUGUGAGUGAUUGGUGGGAAGAAUACAUCUACCUUCGAGGCAGAAAUCCAAUUAUGGUCAACAGUAACUUCUACGCCAUGGAUCUGCUGUAUGUGACUCCCACACACAGACAGGCAGCGCGGGCAGGGAAUGUGGUUCAUGCCAUGCUGCAGUAUAGACGCAAACUAGAAAGAGGAGAACUUGCACCGUUGAGGGCUCUGGGGGUGGUGCCCAUGUGUUCCUGUCAGAUGGAGAGGAUGUUCAACACCACACGUAUCCCUGGCAUAGAGACAGACUUUGUUCAGCACCUGAGUGACCGGAAGCAUCUGGUGGUGUACCAUAAGGGCCGCUUCUUUAAGGUGUGGCUGUACUACGGAGGACGUCACCUCUCGCCCUCAGAGCUGGAGACUCAGUUCCGGAAGAUCAUUGAUGACAACACACAGCCACAGCCUGGGGAACUUAAACUGGCUGCCCUUACAGCCGGCAACAGAGUUCCGUGGGCGCAAGCUCGUCUGAAGUACUUCAACCAGGGUGUUAACAAAGCUUCCCUGGAUGCCAUAGAGACAUCAGCCUUCUUCCUCACUCUCGACGAUGAGGCGCACGGUUACGACCCUGACAAGCUGAGGUCACUGGACCUGUACGCCAAGUCCCUGCUGCAUGGAAAAUGCUAUGACAGGUGGUUUGACAAGUCCUUCACCCUGAUUGCCUAUACUAACGGCAAACUGGGUGUUAACGCAGAACACUCAUGGGCAGAUGCUCCCAUUGUGGGACACAUGUGGGAGUAUGUCCUAGCAACAGACUGUUUCCAUCUGGGCUACACAGACGAGGGGCAUUGCAGAGGAGAGAGCACCAAGGGUCUGCCUGCUCCUGUCAAACUACAAUGGGACAUUCCACUGGAGUGCCAGGAAGUCAUUGAGGAUUCCUACAUGGUUGCCAAAGAGAUAGCGGAUGACGUGGACUUCUAUGGCUAUCUGUUUGAUGAGUUUGGGAAGGGCCUGAUCAAGAAGAGCAGGACCAGUCCUGAUGCCUUUAUACAGUUAGCGCUGCAACUGGCUCAAUUCAGGGAUAAGGGAAAGUUCUGUUUGACCUACGAAGCCUCGAUGACACGUAUGUUCCGAGAGGGAAGGACAGAGACGGUUCGCUCCUGCACCUCAGAUUCCACAGCCUUUGUCAGAGCCAUGGAAGACAAGAGCACUACAAAUACCCUGAGGUUGGACCUCUUUCGAAAGGCUGCCGACAAACACCAAAACAUGUACCGUCUGGCUAUGACAGGAUCUGGUAUCGAUAGACAUCUCUUCUGUCUCUACAUUGUGUCCAAGUACCUCAACAUUGACUCGCCAUUCCUCAAAAAGGUGUUGUCAGAGCCCUGGAGGUUGUCCACCAGCCAGACUCCACAACAGCAGCUGAACAUGGUUGACCUGAACAAGUUCCCCAGAUAUGUGGGUGCAGGGGGAGGGUUUGGCCCUGUGGCCGAUGACGGGUAUGGCGUCUCUUACAUCAUUGUGGGAGAGAACCUCAUCACAUUCCACAUCUCCAGCAAAUUCUCCAGUCCUGAGACGGACUCAUACCGCUUUGGGCAGAACAUUCGACAGGCCAUGCUGGACAUUCGUGCUCUAUUCGACCAAAAAGAAAAGAACUAGAUGUGAUAAGUAGACAAACAUUAAUGUAAUUUAGCUGUCCUUUAUGCUCCAUGACUACAAAAUGUUUUCCUAAGUUUCACAUCUUACUAUUAUUUAUUCCUAUUUGAUGGCCUCAGAUAAUGAAUAGAACUUCUGGGUAUUCACUCAGAUAGCAAGGGGAAGAAAUACAUUUCACAUUUAUAUAUAUAUAUAUAUAUAUAUAUAUAUAUAUAUAUAUAUAUAUAUUGCUGCUAGACACUACUAUAUAUAAUUGUGUGUGUAUAUAUAUACACACACAAUUCAUAUUCAAUACUCUCCCUUCAAUGAAAUGGCAGUGAAAUUAGUUUUGACAAAUUGCUUUGUGACCUUGUAGAACAAUGAUUGGUUUAUUUCAGAUUUUAUUUAAUAUAAUAUGAAUAUUUAGUGUAGUGGAGAUAGGCCAGCUAUCUGUUUAGGUCACACACAGUAGCAAUAGUACUUGCUUGUAAUUCGUAAGACGUGUAUAUCGUUAAUUUGUAAAUAUCAAAAAAAAUUGUAAAUUAUUGUUAUAUAGUUGUGUAUCUGAAUCUGUUAUGGGUGUGUAUAUAUGUGUUUAGUUGAUUUUACAUGCCACCUGGUGUCUCUCCACACAUCCAAAACUCAUUCACCAACCCAUAAUUUAAUACAGAGUGAUCUCAUCUUCCAGCCAUCUGGAUGACUCAAGCAAUGCUAAUAUGGUUAACUCUGCAAACUGCCGUGAACAUGUCUGUGUGUAGUGUUAAAAGAUGUCUCAAAUGGAUUGGGUUUGGCUAUAUGGAAACGGCCUUGACUGUGCAAAAACGCCAUUGUCACUGGGAACUUCACUGAAAACAACAUUAAAAUAAUUUGAUCAAC